AUGGUGACUACCGUUACCGAUACGGCCUUGCUUGUGACAACUCUGAGUCCUUUGUCCAUUGGCGUAGCUUUUGUUACUAUCUUGGUACUGAAAGUUCUCUACGGACUGAGUACUGACCGCCUUGGACAUAUUCCAGGUCCUCUCAUUGCUCGUCUUACUCCAAUCUGGUACUGGUAUCUUUGCUGGAAGGGCAUCGAAUGUACAGUUAUUGCUGCCUUGCACAAGAAAUACGGACCCGUGGUUCGCAUUGCCCCGAAUGAGAUUGACAUUUCCGACGGAGCAGCUGUCAAUCCUAUAUAUGUUGACAAUGGCGGCUUUAGAAAGACUGCCGGAUACAGAAACUUUGAUAUAAAUGGCUUUCCUACCAUUUUCUCGGUAGUGGAUCAUGCUCAUAGAGCAGUUCGGGCCAAAGCUGUAUCGCCAUUGUUUGCGCAGCAAGCAAUUACCAACAGCAAGCCGGCUAUGCAGAAAAUUAUCGAUGCAACACUAGAUGAGCUACAGCACCGAAGAUCUCUGGCAGCCGGCCGACCAGUCGAUUUAUUAAACCUCUUUCGCUGCAUGUCGAUUGAUGCUAUGACGGAACAUCUGAUUGGGGAGUGCUUCAACAGUGUCGGCAGCGAAAGACUCAGCGCAGCUGCUUUUGUCGAUAAUUUCGUUGCGGGCGGUCGCUUCUUUUAUCUUCCGAGCUGGAUAUUUAGCCUUGCUGACAGCUGGGCUGCAAAGCUUGACGAAAACAAGGCGUCAAUAACCACGAGUACAGAUAUUGUUCAGAAGUUCGCAGCCAAGGUUGUUGAUGACAGUAUUGCUCAGGGAGAGAAGGAUACCUACCAAGGACGGCUGCUCAGCGCAAAUAUCUCGCGAGAAGAAACCAUAGCACAGAUAAUGGACAUUAUGUUUGCAGGCACAGAUGGGGUUGCCAGGGUUCUGGCCGUCUUCUGCUGGCAUCUGAUCCAGGCCCCUGACAAGUACGACAGAAUUUACAACGAAAUCAUCCAAAACCCAGAAGUAGACGCUCGAUCUCUUCCUUAUCUCUCGGGUGCUGUUAAAGAGGCUUCCCGUCUAGCGCUGGCCAAUCCCACUCGUCUCCCCCGGAUUGUCCCAUCAGGCGGACUGAAAGUCUCGGGUUUACCAAUUAUUCCAGAGGGCACUAGCGUUGGCAUUGGAGCGUACUCGCUACAUUUCAACCCUAAAGUGUUUCCAGAGCCAGAUGCAUUCGUGCCAGAGCGGUGGCUAGAGUGUACGCCUGAGAUGUUGCGAGACAGUUUUCCUUUUGGUAAAGGCCCGCGGCAAUGCAUUGCUCGCAACUUCGCCUCUGCUAUUGUUUGGUGGGCUUCCGAGGCUCUAGUUCGGAGCCGUGUAUUGGAUGGUGCGAAACCAGUGCAAGAGAAGCUUGAGAUUGUAGAGUGGUUCAAUAGCAAGCAAGUGGGUGGUAAUAUUGAGCUUAGCUGGGCAUAG